AUGGAAUCUAUCCGUAAGAACAGUUGUCGUUUGCCAAAUGUAUUUGAUGGUUCUGAAAUUGGUGUAAUUCGGGAGGUUACAAAUGCCCUUAUUGGAGCACGCGUACUGCAGGGGGAGCAGAGGGGAACGAUAAAAUACGUGGGAACCUUAGCCAAUUCUCCAGCCACAUGGAUUGGUGUAGAUUGGGACAAUGCCGACCGGGGACGUCACAAUGGCUCAUAUAAGGGUGUGAAGUACUUCGAUGCCCAUGGACCAACUUCGGCUUCUUUUGUCAAGUGCGUCAAACUCACUCCGGAUGCUGUUUUCUCUGUUAUUAUCUUCCCACCGAGCUAA